GGAGUGCAGCAAAUCUCACUGCAGAAAUCAAAAGGGGGAAGAAAAAGACUUAAUAGUCAAGCUGCUGAAAAUGUGGAAAAACGGAGAAGUCUUAAUCUCAACAAGUGUGAAAUGCAGAGCUCCAAGGACCCUUCAGAUGAAGAGUCAACCCAGUUGACUACUGAUCUUCUCUUCUCCUGCACAGCUAGACAGUCACAGUCUCCUAGACAAUUCAGCACACCCCAGAGCAACUCUCUAAUCAUGAAUAUCCUGGGGGGAAGUACCUCUGUCAGAAACAUCUGGACAGACCAUCAGAUCAGGCAGGCGUUGUUUCCCAGCCGGCGCCCGCCUUACGAGAAUGAAGAUGAUGAAGACGAUUAUCAGAUGUUUGUACCGUCAAUGUCUACAUCCAAUUCAAGUUCAGCUGUUGGUGGAGAAAGGAGGGGAUCUUCUGGGCGUCCAUGCAGCUGGCACUUGGGGGUAGUACAUCAAAAUGAGACUUCCAGCCCCACUCGUCAUAAAAUUGUUAGACGAGCCAGUAGUGCUGGUGAAAGUAACACGUGUCCAGCCAGCACAAGGUAUAAAAUAGGGGAGCGUGGUUCUCGAAGGGAAGUGAAGAUAGCAGAGGUGAGCAGUAGGAAUACCUAUCCCAAAUCUUCAGAGGAGUUGACUAUCGAUGAUAUUGAACAUGUUUAUGAUAAUAUAAGCUAUGAAGACUUAAAGUUGAUGGGUUUGACAAGAAGGGAGGAGACACCCCGUGGCCCACAGAGAUCUGCUAGAGACUCUCUCUAUGAGGCUGAAAACAAAAGCAGCUUAGAUUCACCCUCCAAAAAGAGAACAGCUAAUCAAAACAGGGCCUCCAUUCACACUAGUAGGGAGGAGAUACUACUCAGUAAAGAAGCACCUGCUUCAAGUUUGGAUGAGCUCAGGAUUGUUGAAGACAACAUCUAUGACACCAUAGUGCUUUCAGAAGUACCACUAUUGAAGUUUAAAUGUGAUCCUGUAAAAUCCUCUAAAAGGAGGAGUUUUCUGGAAAAAGACCUUGCCUAUUGUGACAAUCUACAACAUUUUGUUUCCGAAGAGAGUCUGCAGUUCAGUGAAGAUGAAAGUCCUUACCAUCGUGUUCCUGUCGACAAUGACUAUUUGAGCUUAGUAGAUAGCUCCUCCAACUCAGAUUCACUGUCCCAUAAGUCUGCAGCAGAUAAACUCUCAGAGGAAGUAGAUGAGAUUUGGAAUGACCUGGAGAACUACAUCAAGAAAAAUGAGGAAAAGACAAGAGACCGUGUCCUUGCAGCCUUUCCUGUUUGUAAAGAUGAUAUGCAGGAAAGGCUGCAUGCUGGUAGUACACCUGAACUGAGUAAAGAUGUAGAGUACUCACUGUCUACUCUUUCUUUGCCAGAAGCUCCUAUUUUCCCUAAAACUGUGAAGCCCAGGGCUGCCACCAUAAGUGAGGCUAAUCUCAGGUUUGAAGACACUACACCAGGCAAGGAGAACUCUCUUCUGACUCUGAACAGAUCAUCUUUCUCCAGUGAGAUGCCUUUUGUAGAUAGUCCGUAUGAACCUGGCAAUAGUGUUCUGUCCAAUGCGCAUGCAGAGGGCAUGGAAAAUGACUUGGCUGUUGUGGAUAAAACAAAGAACAGAGUUUUCAUGAUGGCAAGGCAGUACAGUCAAAAAAUUAAAAAGGCUAACCAGCUGUUGAAAGUUAAGAGUCCAGAGCAGGAACAGCCAGCUAGCAGACAACAGAAACUAAAACACAAAGAUCUUGCUGCUAUUCUGGAGGAGAAGAAACAAGGGGGUCCUGCUAUUGGUGCCAGAAUAGCUGAAUAUUCCCAGCUUUAUGACCAAAUUGGCUUUAGAGACAGUACACCUAAGGUCCAAAAGGAAGCCUGGUCCACUCCUCAGGAGUCAUCAGCUGUGAGGUUUUCCACGUCUGUGGCCACAUCUCCUCCCCGUUCCCAGCCUGCCAGUGAAUGCUCAAGAGCGGAAGAUUGGCUUUUGCAUUCUACGUACAGUAACGGUGAGCUGGCCGACUUCUCUCCAUGGUCUGAAUCCCAAGACCCAAAGUCCAAGAACUCAUAUACAGAAGCUGAUGCAAAAAGCAAUUCGAAGCAGUUGCCAUCAGCUGGCUCAGUGCCUUCCCUUCAGAUUUCUAACCGUUUGCAUGUCCCAGCACAGAGGUGGAGCGCCAUUAUAAGCCAACCGAACAAAGAAAACUUACAUCAAGAUCACGUCUAUAACUCUCUUGGGAGGAGGGUAAGCAGUGUAAAACCACAGGCAUACAGCAGGUCGCAGUCAUCAUCCUCAAUUGUGGUCAACAGGUCUGGAGAAUCAAUUGUAUAUGCUAAUGAAAUUGAUAAGAAAAAGCUCCAUUUGAAUAGAAACUUGCGAUUCAACAGCCAUCAAACACCUGGUAUUGCUUCAGGAUGCACAGGGCCGGAGAUAAGAAAGCAGAUCCCUGAAAACUGUUCAGAUAUGAUUCUGCAGGAUUCUCAAAAGGUCCUAAGGGUGAACAGGGCCUCCCCUCUGACAGCACAGAUGGCCACUCAGAACUACUUUUUGAAUUUCAAAGAUUCUGAAGAAGGAGAAGGGGAUGAUGAUGAUGACUAUGUUGAGAUAAAAUCUGAAGAUGAGGGAUCUGACUUGGAGACUUCUCAGAACCAAACAAGGAAAUCAGAUCCUAAGCUGCAUAAUGCAGAUGCUGCUCCUUCUGAAACACUAUGCGGCAAAACUGUCUCCUGUACUCCUGCAAAGUCUGCCAGCAGCAAACAUGCACUUACCCCAUAUCUGACUGCAUAUAGUGAUCCAGAUAAACUGAAUGGCUACCUGUGGAGAGUACCAUCUCCUAAUCAGCAGAAUAUUGUCCAGUCCUUAAGAGAAAAGUUUCAGUGUCUCAGUUCAAGUAGCUUUGCUUGA